UAGAACUCUCCUGUUAAGAGAGGUAAAAAUACUAAAGAUGGAAGCCAACGUGCCUCGAAAGAAAUCGCGAAUUGCUAAGAACAAGAAAAGGGCCUGGAGAAAGGUAGACAUAACCGAUGUAGAAGAAUUUUUAGAGGAUGAACGACUUCAAGAAAGGACUGGUGGGCUGGUAGCUGAAAAGUCUGAUGCAGAGCUGUUUACACUGGAAAAGAAAGCUCCAUUAAUUGAUGAGGAGGAACCAGUUCCGAAGAAGAAAAGGAGAAAGGAACCCAAGGAGUUAAAAUGUUAUUCCCAUCUUCUACCAGAUCCCAAAAUUAAGUUAGCACGCAAACCACAACCUGUUAGGAAUAUCAGAGAUAAAAGACCUCCACAUGUGAAAGAGAAGUUAAACAGUGGUGUAAAAACCCAGAAAGAGAUCAGAGCAGAGGAACAGAGAAAACUAGUCAAAGAGAGGAAACAGAAGAAGGACAGAACUAAGGGCUCCAUACAGGUGGCUUCUUAUGAUCUGUGGGGAGAUGAACCAGAGAAAAAAGAAGAUCCUUUUGCUAAACCACCAGUAAAAAGACCUAAAAGAAAAGCCACCUCAGAUUUACCAGCAGUCCAAGUUCCCCCUUCAGGUGCCUCCUAUAAUCCAGAUUAUGAGGAUUAUCAGGAACUGUUAUUAAAAGCUCAUGAGAUAGAAGAAAAGAAGCUAGAGAAGGAGCUAAAGUUACAGAAAUUUGUAAGGGAGAUUCAGAACGUGGACACAAAAACUUUGGAGAAAACAUGGCUGUCAGAAAUGUCAGAGGGGCUGAAAAACCACGAAGUUGAGAAUGAGCAGGAUGAAGGAGACGCAAUAAACACAGAGGACUCAGAUAGAAUUUCCGUUAAUCCUCCCGUCCGUCGUGAAUCCAAGAAAACGAAAACUCAGAGGAAUAAAGAGAAAAGGAAAAAAAAUCUGGAGAAGUUAAAAGCUCAGGAAAAAUCAGAAAAAACAAAAGCAAAUGAAAUUUUCAGAUUAAAGACCAUGAAGGCAGAAAUAGAUGAAAGAGAGGCUGAUCUGCAGAGAAGAAAACAAGUAAGGAGGCAGAAAUGGCAAGCACAAGGGCUGAAAACCAGGAAGCUUGGCAGACUCAAAUUUGAGGAGCCAUUGUUAGAAAUAAAACUGAGUGAUGAGUUAGAGGGAUCUCUACGAAGACUCAAGCCAGAGGGAAACUUGUUUGUUGAUAGAAUGAAGAGCCUUGAAAAGAGAAACAUAAUGGAGCCUAGACAAGAAGCCAAGAAAUACAGAAAGUAUAAAAGGAAGACAGUUAUUAAAAGAAGUCACAAAGUAUGAUGGAAGAUGUCCCAG